AAAUAUUUACGAAAAAAAAUUGAAUUUAGCAUUUUAUGUGUCUCCCUCUCCCUGCUACGCUUCUCAAAUACGCUGCGUUCUAAAACCCUAAUUGGGUUUGUGCAAAUAGAGGUUAAUAGCAUGUUCUUAAGAUUUGUUGUGAUUGUGGCAUUGUGAUGUAACUUGUUUAUGAGCUCAUAGUUAAGGGAGCUCAGUUAAUUAGUGUUGUUUGAAGAGAAUGUAUGGAAGAACAUCAGGUCUUGAUAGGUUUAAGAAAGCCGAGAGUUUGGAACCGUUUUCCGUUAAUGGUAAUUCGUCUUCGAGGAAUGUUGCACAGUCUUCUAGUAAAGUAGUUGGUCAUUCAUCGGCUUGGUCAGCACAGUCUCAGAAUUCUGUACACCAAUCUCAGCAUCAACAACAGCAUGGUUCUCAUAAAGCGGUUGGAGUUGAGGCUGCUCCGUUGUUGGGGCAGAAUCAACAUGCAACUCAGAUUGGUGGAGGGCAGUCGAUGUGGCAGCCGCCGGAUUGGGCGAUCGAGCCACGGCCAGGUGUUUUUUAUCUCGAAGUUAUGAAGGAUGGUCAGGUGUUGGAUCGGAUUAAUUUGGAUAGACGGAGACAUAUCUUUGGGAGGCAAAUUCAGACAUGUGAUUAUGUGCUCGAUCAUCAAUCCGUUUCUCGCCAACAUGCUGUAAUUGUUCCCCACAAGAAUGGGAGCGUAUAUGUAAUUGAUUUGGGAUCUGCACAUGGUACCUUUGUUGCAAAUGAGCGAUUAACCAAGGAUUCACCAGUUGAGUUUGAAGUGGGGCAAUCAUUGCGGUUUGCUGCAUCGACGAGAGUAUACAUAUUAAGAAAGAACGAUGCAGCUCUUUUCCCUCGUCCUAAACCACCUACAGAGAUUAAUUUCCCACCUCCUCCUGACCCGUCUGAUGAAGAUGCUGUUGUUACUUAUAAUACGUUACUGAAUCGUUAUGGCAUCACUAAGUCUGAUCUAGUGUCCAAAUCCAAUGAGCUUGGUAGUUCAGCAAGUGGCAAAAACAAGGAUUGCCAAUCAGAAAGAGCUACUAAGAGAAUUAAGAAGAUGAGAGUUUCCUUCAGGGAUCAAGUUGGAGGAGAAUUAGUCGAUGUUGUUGGAAUUUCAGAUGGUGUAGAUGUAGAAACCGAACCUGGUCCGGUUGGUGUUAAGGAAGGAAGUCUUGUUGGUAAAUAUGAAUCUCUUGUACAGAUAACUGUAAUUCCAAAGGGUAAAGAGCAGUCCUCUGUUAAGGAGGCAGAUUCAUCCCAAAAAGGCGUGACUGAUAAACUACAAGAAGUACUAAAAAAGAUCAAAACCCCCGUUAAAACUGGGAUAUACGAUGACCUUUAUGGAGAAUCAUUAUCUGCCAAAGUUGGAUCAGCCUGGGCAUACUCACCUGUCAGUAAUGGCGAACGAGCUUCAGCAGCUAAGGAGAAUGGAGUAGAGAAUACAUCAAGUGGAAAAUCAGACAGUAAUCCCAGCAAUGCCGAUGAUGAGGAUGAUGAUGAUUUGUUUGGGUGACUAUUGAACCUUUGUAGACUGCAUUUUGAAAUAGAUUUGUGGUUUUUUUGAGAUUGACAUCAUAGAGAGAUGAAAACAUGCAAAACAUUACAGUAUGUUGCACGCUUUUUUUUAUCAUCUGGGGUUACUGUUCCAUUGCGUCCAUAAUUAAUGUUUACCACUGCAUACUCCACAAACUCUUAAAGAUUGCAGGUUCAUGUUUCAAUGGUAAGUUACCCUUUCUAUAGUGCCA